AUGGCCACGAUAACCGAACUACCGCAGCAAAAGACCUUCAAGGAAAAGGCGUUUGCGUGGCUUGGACAUGAUCCAAUCAUCACAGAGACGGCCUCGACCCGAGGUGAGUGCUGCAGUGGCCACGAAUGCGCGUCGUGUUAUUGCCGAGCUCCCUCCCGAGUCCCGGGCACUGCGAAGGUGUCAUCAUCGACGCCCUCCGUGUUGCGUUCGCCCGCGGCCAGUGGUAAUUGGUCACCGGCCUGGCCUGGCCGUGGGAUUUACCUUGCAUGGGCAUGGUAGACAGCGUCCUGACGUGGACUUCACACCCCCUAACAGAUGCUCUUGCCUCCGCCUCGAGUGACCUUCCUGGUGCUGUGAGUGCUGUCUUCCUCGGCUAGCGUGUCGGCAUGUCACGUCGGAGAGCGCAGAUUCGGCGACGCGCGCGACGCGCGACCGACCCCCUUUUCACUGCGCAGCGCGCUCACGCUGUCUCUUGUUUUGGCUUGGCUGGUGCUCUUGCGUGCCUCGUCAUUUCAACCUUCCCACAGGCCGCGCACUAUGUAGACCGCCUGUUCCCCUUCACCAAAUGGAUCCUCAACUACAACUUGGGAUGGCUCACCGGUGAUCUCAUUGCCGGCUUGACCGUCGGCAUGGUCGUCGUACCUCAGUCCAUGUCGUACGCCAAAAUCGCCACCCUCCCGCCCCAGAUCGGUCUUUACUCGUCUUUCGUCGGUGUCAUGAUCUACUGGAUCUUCAGUACUUCCAAGGAUGUCACCAUUGGUCCCGUCGCCGUUAUGUCGCUCGAGGUAUCCAAGGUCAUCAAGCAUGUGCAGAACAGUCCAACUGGCAAGCAGUACUCGGCCCAAGAGAUCGCCUCGACUCUCGCGCUCAUCUGCGGCAUCAUUGUGCUUGGUAUCGGAGGCCUCCGUCUCGGCUGGAUCGUCGAAUUCAUCUCGGCCCCGGCCGUCAGUGGCUUUAUGACCGGAUCCGCCAUCUCGAUCAUCGCCGGCCAGCUCGCCGGUCUGAUGGGCUACUCCAACAAAUUCGAUACUCGUGCGUCGACGUAUAAGGUCAUCAUCAACUCGUUCAAGUACCUUCCAUCGACCAAACGCGAUGCCGCUUACGGUCUCUCAGGCCUGUUCUUCCUUUACGCCGUUCGCGCCGUGUGCAACCACUUUGAGCGCACGGGGCGAACCUACACGAUCCGGCGCACGGCCUUCUUCCUCGGCACCUUGCGUACGGCGCUCACGAUCAUCUUCCUCACGCUCUUCGCCUGGGUCCACUUGCGCCACCAGAAGCCGGCCAAGUACGAUAUCUCGAUCCUCAAGACCGUGCCCAGUGGUUUCCAAAACAUGCAAGUCCCUCGUUUCCGCACCGGACUAAUCAGCGAACUCGGCUCCCUCUUGCCCGUCUCAACCAUUAUUCUAUUGCUCGAGCACAUCGCCAUCUCCAAAUCUUUCGGUCGAGUUAACAACUACAAGAUCGACCCUAACCAAGAGUUGAUCGCCAUUGGUAUCACGAAUGUCUUCACCCCCUUCUUCGGGGGCUACCCCGCCACUGGAUCCUUUUCGCGAACGGCCAUCAAGUCCAAGGCUGGUGUGCGCACGCCUUUGGCCGGUGUCAUCACCGGUAUUGUCGUUGUUGUUGCCAUAUACGGGUAAGCCAGCUUGCCUUUCACGCCCUCAUCUUGUGCACCGAGGUCCUGACAUUCGUUCUCUCGUAUCACCAGGUUGACCGGCGCCUUCUACUGGAUCCCCAAUGCCGGUCUCUCCGCCGUCAUCAUCCACGCGGUCGGUGAUUUGAUUGCUUCGCCUCCUCAGGUCUACGCUUUCUGGCUCGUCUCCCCUCUCGAGGCCAUCAUCUUCUUCGGCUCCGUCAUCAUCACCGUCUUCACGACGAUCGAGAUCGGUAUCUACGCUUCCGUGGCCGCCUCGGCUGCCUUGCUCCUCUACCGCAUCGCCAAGCCCCGUGGAACCUUCCUCGGUCGCGUUCGCAUCCACUCGGAAGACAACAACAUCACGCGCGAAGUCUUUGUGCCUCUCAACAAGGAUGGCGUGCACAACCCUUACGUCAAGGUCGAGGCCCCGCCGCCAGGUGUCAUCGUCUACCGCGUCGAGGAGUCGUUCUUGUACCCCAACGCCAGUCGCUACGUCGACCACAUCGCCGACUAUGCCAAGGAGACCACCCGAUCGGCGAUCGAUUACGACUCCUUGAGCUUGUCGCAGCGACCGUGGAACGACCCUGGACCGUUGCGCUUCUCCAAGAAGAAGGACCUGGGACCGGGCCAACUCUCGGCCUCUGACGCCAAUGCGGCCAAGCCUCUCUUGCGCGCCAUCGUCAUCGACUGCUCUGGUAUCAGCAACAUUGACUCCACUUCGGUGCAGAACCUCGUCGACCUUCGUCGUGUCCUGGAGCGAUAUUCGGGCCAAGAAGUCGAAUUCCACUUUGCGUCCAUCCUCUCGCCUUGGAUCAAGCGUGCCCUGCUCGCCGGUGGCUUCGGUCGAGGCCGAGGCAGCCAACCGCUCGAAAUCGCCGCCGUCGUCCCCGCCGGUACCGAGGCUGUCAUCGAACGAUACGAGAAGCACUUCCCUUCGUCGCCACCUAACGGUCGUAUCCCUUCGGACGAUAGUUCGAGUGCGAACUCAAAGGUGGCCGACAUUGAGGAGGCCGGCGGUUCCCUCGACCAGCGAUUGGGCGAGCAUCUCUCCCCAACAGGCCCUCUCGUCUCUGCCUUGACAAAUCGCUUCCAUCUCGAUCUCGCAGCCGCCGUGGCCGCGGCAGCUGGUCGUGAAUGGUGA